AUGGAAACUGUAAAUUUGAUGCCUGAAAAUUCCAUAUAUGAUGAACCAACUAAAACUUCUUACACAAUUGUACGGUUGAAGCGUAAACGCAAUGCAGAACCUCUGGACGCGCUUGUUGUCCAGCAACAACUCGUAAAGAAACCAAAGCGGCAGGGAAGUCUUAAAAAUGAAGUGAAAUCGAUCGAGGAACAAAAAACGGACGAAGCUUCGUCGCUACCUUUCGUUUUUCGAUUUGCGGAGACAGUCGAUGAGAUUAGUUUCAAUGAUUCAACAAAGUCACAGCAAUUGAAGGAUCGUAUUACAAAAUUAAUCAAUCGCAAAGAAAAGGUGCGACUGAAAGAGCGAAGCAAAAAACAGACCCGUGAUCAGCAAAUUACUUGGUUCAAAGAGAAUACGAGAAGAGAAAGAUAUAAAGUGAUUGAUAGAAAUAGGCAAAGUGGUAGCUUUCCCCAUUUCUCAAGUGACAGCAUUGAAGAUGAAGAAAAUGCAGCAGAUGAAAUGUUCAAGAUGUAUGACGCUGUCAAAGAAGAAAUACCAAUUGCGCCAAAGUUGGUUGCUCUUUUUUUGAUUGAAGAAUCAAAUAAUUUUAUGGAAAUUCAUGGCUCUCAGAUUCAUCGAAGAAGACGAACUUGGUUCAAUGACGAUGAUAAUGGCAUUUUUGUGAAAGGAACAACAGAAAAAGACGAAUAUGAAUAUUCUGAUGAAGAAGAUUCAAAUGCUGAAGAUUAUUAUACACAUGACUAUCCUGAUGAAGAGGAGGUUUGGAGUGAACAAGGUACACAUAAUUUAAAUGUAAAUUGA